AUGGUUGGAUACACGGUUGCGGAGAGAUCGCGAAAGCAGCCAGAAGCUGUGGCGCUUGACGGUCACCUGCAGCCUGAUUACCGAACAACUUCCACAAUGGUUGGGUCACUCUUGAGUUACCUUGGCUUCGGUGGCAAAUCUGCCACAGAAGUCCCGCCAGAGAAGCAAGCCGUUCGGGCACUACCCGCCAACUGGUAUACCUCCGAAGAGAUGUACCAGCUCGAGAGGCGCGCUAUCUUCACACGCCGAUGGCUCAUCCUCACCCACAAGUCAAGACUCGCGAACCCUGGCGACUUCCUUCGCUACAACGUAGCCAACUAUGACAUUGUUGUUUCCAAGGACCGUACUGGCACGAUCAACGCAUUUCACAACGUCUGCAGACACCGUGCCUACCCUGUAGUCGAGAAGGACGGCGGCAACGCAAAGAUCUUCUCUUGCAAGUACCACGGCUGGUCAUAUGGCCUGAACGGCAAUCUCGCAAAGGCGCCCGGUUACCAGGAGCUGGAAAACUUCGAGAAGGCAAACAACGGACUCUUCCCCAUCCACACACGCAUUGACCGCAACGGCUUCGUCUGGAUCAACAUGGAUUCCAAGAAGGAGCCAGAAGUUUCAUGGGAGUCACAGUUCGACCACGUCGACGAGCAAAAGCGAUUCGACCAGUUCAACUUUGACGACUACGAGUUCGACCACACAUGGAACCUCGAAGGUCCCUUCAACUGGAAGAUCCUCGCCGACAACUUUAACGAAUGCUACCACUGCAAGAGCACACACCCAGAUCUCACAACCGGCAUAAUCGACCUCGAGAGCUACGAUGUCUACUGCUCCGCCGACCACAUCCAGCACGACCCCAACACACCACAAGAUCGCAAGGACCUCGGACAAGAGAUCUGCUCCACAUACUGCUUCCCCAACGCCUCAUUCACCGUCACCAAACACUUCCUCUUCAUGCAAAAGUUCAUGCCCAAGUCGCCAACCGAGUCAGUCAUGUACUACGAGGUAUGGCGCAACAAGCACUCCAGCGAGGAAGACUUCCUCCUCAUCAGCGACACCUACAAGCGCGUCAUGGGCGAGGACAAGGUACUAUGCGAGCGUGCGCAGAAGAACAUCGAGGCCGGCGUCUUUGUUAACGGCGAGCUGCACCCACACAUGGAGAAGGGACCGCUCUUCUUCCAGAAGCGGUGUCGCGAGAUCGUCAUGGAGCACGGUAUGCGGGAGAAGAAGGAGGGUCGCAAGAUCUGGCCUGCUAGGCAGCAGCUUGAGCCUACGGGUACCGCGGCGAUCAGCAAGGAGAUGGAAGACUUCUGUGAGGGUUUGUCGUGCGGUACAGAGAACGAGAAGAGCGAUUUAGCUUGGUAA